AAUUUUUCACAUGGUAAAAAUGUAAAUGUUGUUGGUGGCCCUUAUAUAAAUUUAUACAAAUCUAAAUCAAGUAUAUCACCUCUUACUUUUUACUAAACAAUAUCAAUGGCUUUCAACAAGACUCUCCUAGCGUUGCUACUAUUGGCACUUGUGGCUGCAACAACUCAUGCUCGUGUGGACUUUCUGGGGCUGUUUGAUAAUAGGCCUUGCCCACCACCUGGACCGACGAAAUGUUUAAGCUGUGAAUGCGACGAAGAAGCUGGGAAGUGUUAUCGUAGUGAUACGAGACAAGGAAAGUGUCCAUCGAACUGCAGUGGUGGUUGUGCCUGUGAUCGGUCUCUGUGCCCCCGUUGUUGGUGCUCCUAUGAGGUCAAGGGAUGCCCAAAAAUCUGCCCCACCACUACCACCACCGCCCAAGCUAAGUUUGAGGAUCUUCUGUCUCUCAAGACAGAUUAAGUGUAAUCAUAGUUAAUCUAGCUAUGUAUCCAACCAAGGCUUAUACUAUGUUUGCUUCAAUCACUUUGUAUGUUGAGGCUCUCUCUAUGUAUAAUGAAAAUGUGUAAGCUUUUUUGUUAAAUAAAAUGUAAGAGGAGUUAAUGGAGAUUUUGAUGGUGAAA